AUGACGUCACAACGAGAAUGUAUCCGUGAUACCUGGGGCAGUGUCUCUACCCUGGGUACAUGGCCAGGGUCAAAAGAACACUUUUCCAUUAAAGUAUUGUUCGUGUUAGGUCUUAGUAAAAACGAUUCCUUGAACAUCGCUGUCAGCAAAGAGGCAGAAGAAAGAGGAGACAUGAUAUUAGCAGAAUUUGAGGACAGCUAUUUCAAUCUGACGCAAAAGGUCUUGAUGGGAUUCAAGUGGAUCAAAGAGUUCUGCCCCACCGCCAAAUACGUCAUGAAAGUUGAUGAGGAUACGUAUAUAAAUAUUCCUAAGUUCGUAACAUUAACAAACUCCCGUAACUGGAACAAUCUCGUAUAUGGGCCAUACUCUUUCUCAGGGACAGUGGAAAGGGAAGGAAAGACGAGGGUAUCUAAGGAAGCAUAUCCUAUAGAUGUGUAUCCACCGCACGUGAAGGGCAACAUUUAUUUUAUGUCCACUCACACCGCAAUGAAGAUCCUGGCCGUCUCCGAACACAUGCCCUACGUGAACAUAGAGGACGCGCACAUUACGGGAAUACUGGCAAAAACGCUGAACAUCAGACAUAUCACACUAUCGCUAAAGGAAUAUGAUUUCUAUUUACCUGCUACUCCUUAUGAGCUUGCAAGUGGAAACAAGAUGGGCUCAUCUCAAAAACUUAAAAUGAGAAAUCUUGCGCUGUACGGAGAACGUUCGGUUGAAGAUACGGUACCAGAGUCUUUCGCUAAAACCGGAUUGAUCUUGACAACGUAG